CCAACGCCCAAGUUGCCAGUUCAGGGAAUACCUUCCAAAAGUCAGUUUGUUCCAUUCCCAGCCGCCUGUGCUGCUUUUCACUGAUUACUUUUGUCCUUUUGGCUUCUCUCCUCCCACUCGGCGUGUUUAGGAGACUGGGCUGGCCCAGAGCGGGACGAUCACAUGGUGCCUGCUGAUUGACAUUGGAGCUGCGGACUAAGGCUGGGACUCGGUGUUGUGGAAACCUAGAGAAACGCUGAGAAGUGGAAAUGAGAAGGCGAAGGAGAGAUGGCCAGGUCAGCCAGUGAUGGGGACCCUGAGCAGCAAGUAGCCGGCUCCGGCGACGUGCUGGAGCCGCAGGUUUUAUCCUUGGAUGAGAUCCUGAGAGCCUACGAACAGCCGAUCAAUGAAGAGCAAGCUUGGGCGGUGUGUUACCAAUGCUGCCGCUCACUGCACAGAGACUGGCCCCGGGAACAGGUGCGCGUUGGCCGCGUCCGGGAGCUCGCAGCUAUCCUGCUGCACCGGGAUGGCGCCGUGUCUCUCUGCGGGGAGCAGAAGAGGCCAUCGCAUGCAGAUUCCAAGGUGAAGAUUUCCCCACCAUUAUGUACAGAAAGACAGGUGGUGCAGUCCCUUGGAUUUGCUAUUUACCGAGCACUGGAUUGGGGUUUGGAUGAGAAUGAGGAGCGGGAGUUGAGCCAGCAGUUGGAGCAGCUCAUUGACCAGAUGGCAAACAAUGACUCUGAAGGCAGCAAUGGCACAGCUGAUGAAGGGUAUAGUGGGCAGGAUGAGGAGGAGGAGGGUGACGGCACACCACGUUCAGUCAGUACUUUUGAACAAGUAAUGAAGGCAUGUGCUGAACAUCUAAUGGAUCGAAAUGAAGCAGAUGCACAUUUUCAAGCUGUCUGCAAGGCUUUAUUUGUGGAAACGUUAGAGUUACAAACUUUCCUAGUGAAAAUCAAGGAAGCUAAAGAGAUGCUGAAGAAGAUGCAGGUUGGAGAGUCACAGCAGAUUCCUCUAGUGGAAUUGGACAACCUCAACCAUACAGACUGGGCUCGUCUCUGGGUACAGCUGAUGCGAGACCUCCGCCAUGGUGUAAAACUUAAGAAGGUUGAAGAAAAGCAGUACAACCCCCUUCCCACAGAAUACCAGCUUACGCCAUUUGAGAUGUUAAUGCAGGACAUUAAAGCACGGAAGUAUAAGCUACGCAAAGUCAUGGUUGAUGGUGACAUUCCACCAUGUGUGAAGAAAAAUGCCCAUGAACUCAUUCUUGAGUUUAUAAGAUCACGGCCUCCUUUAAAACCGGUCUCUGAAAGGAAUUUACGGCCCAAGCCUCAGAAGCCACGCAGUCUACAUGAGCGAAUCCUGGAAGAGAUCAAGUCAGAAAGAAAGCUUCGGCCAGUGCAGACGGUUGGUAGAAAGAAAAACAAAGAGGUGAUAUUUGGAUCACUCCCAUGUCUGCUGCAUGCCUGCGCUGAUGAGCUGAAGUCAACUUCAUGCAUAGAUCUCUCAAUUCCUGAGGCAAUGGGAAGUGCACAGAGACCUAGACCCAGGGUUCUACUUAAAGCACCAACACUAGCUGAAAUGGAUGAAAUGUGCAUUUCAGAGGAAGAAGAUUCACCAAGUGGAGAAAUGCGAAGGGUUACCAGCUCCCCAGUUCCUCUAAAACGUGAUCGCUCAUUCUCGGAACAUGAUCUCAUCCAGUUACAGACUGAAUUAGCCCUGUCGCAAUCGGAAUCGGCCUAUCUCUCAUCAAAGGAUUCCCACACAAAGUUGUAUUCAGGGACUGAAUCCGUAACCGGAGCUGUGUCUCAGCAUAAAGUAGAACAGAAUGAGGAGAUGUGGUCAAUGGAGGCUCAAAGAACUCGUUCUUCUUCAGCAGGGGGAGACAUCCUGCGUACUUCAAGGGGUAUUUCAGAAAAUCUUUCAAAAUUUUCCAAAUGCCAGUUGAUGGAGGAAUUCAGUCACCCAGUAGAAAGCUUGGCACUGACUGUGGAGGAAAUCAUUAAUGUUCGUAAAGUCUUAGUGAAAGCUGAAAUGGAAAAGUUUCUCCAAAACAAAGAUCUCUACAGCAACCUGAAAAAGGGGAAGGUAUGCUGCUGCUGUAAAACAAAGUUCCCCAUCUUCUCGUGGCCUUCAACAUGUCUCUUUUGUAAAAGGUCAGUCUGUGGUUCCUGCAGUUUGAAGAUUAAGAUACCUUCCAAGAAACUUGCCCAUAUACCAGUCUACACUCUGGGUUUUGAGAACAUUCAAGGAACCAGUCAGACAAAAACCGCCCAGGCUAAAGGACUCUUCCAAUCUCAGUCCUUGAGGAAUCUCAGUAAUCGGUCAGUAGAACAGGAAUUUCCACACCUUUACACGCAUGGCUGUAGCUUCAAAGAUGUUUGCGCUGAAUGCACAAAAUUUGUUGCUGAUGUUAUUAAUUCAAGUAGAAAAAGUAUGGACCUUCUGAACAAAACUCCUUCAAGGAAAGUGCAGUCUAUGUACUCGCGUUCCACAAGAUCCUGAGAAAAGUAAAAGAAGCAACAACUGAUUGUAUUAUAAUUACUACAUGAUGUCAGCCAAAGUUGUCAGCAGUCACGCUGCAUGAGCUGUUGUUAAUUCCUAAACCAACAGUAUGCAGUACUUCAUGGGUGCGCCCAACUCAUUCUGACCAACUGCAAACAUGACACGUGGUGAAGAUGGAGGAUACAAAAGACUGGAGUUUAUAGAGGUCAUGUUUAACAUUUUCAUGGUAAAACACCUUUCACAUUGAUGUGAGACAGUUACUGCAGAAUUAAGAUACAUAAGGACCUUCUAUGAAUUCUUGGAUUUGGAGACUCGACCUUUAAUUUUUGAGAUGUUGGCAAACUCUUCCAUUCUUGCUAUCAACCACUGUAAAAAGCUAAUCAGGGAGAGAGGGAAUGUGCAAAUUCUGAAUAUUUGAAACACUUCUGUCUUGACAUGGGCAAGAGAGCAGGUCAGGUUGGAAUGCAAAACAUUGGAAAUCCUUUUUUUUUUCAUUUUAAUUACAAUUAAUUUUCUAUUCCUUUCUCAGUUUUUGUUCUCAUGCUACUAUCUCCAGCAGACUCCAUCACUAAUUUUCCUUGCAAUUGACACACAUAUUGCUGAAGUUUAAAUUCUGUAAUAUUGGAGACUUUAUUAUGGCCUAUACUGGAGUGCAUGUUUUCAGUCCACAUACAAAACUAGCACAGCAACUCUAUAUACUACGGAUUAAACCAUAGAUUUCAUUUUAAGUGAGUAUGAGUGCAAUUCUCAAAUUAUUGACCUUGCCAACUUAAACAUUGGAUUGACAUUUCUAUGCAUUGUGCUAUGGUUGUGCAUGAGGCCUAUCACAAUAUAAAAACGCAUCAGAGUUCACACGACUUUAGGGCAGGCUCAGAUGAUUAUGUUUUAUAUUCUUGGUUCUGUUGUGCUUCAAUGAACAUACAAUAAAUUAAGUAGCUUUGAACCUUACUCCAGAUACCUGGAGUGAUAUUUGGAAAGACUAGCUGAAAUUCGAAGUGGUUUGUUAUAAUUGGUCCUGUUACUUCAUUUACCGAGCUUUGAGAACAAAUGAAACUAAACAUCCUUUUGGCUAUAGUUAUCUGGCUGGCUUCUGCAAUGCCAACAAAUAAACAUUUUGCUGUGCACUUUAAUUCCACUUCAUGGAAAUCAGUUAAAAUCAGGCAGAAAGGAACCUUCUUGCAAAUGCAUGAGUAUUAGCAAUGAUUCCAUAAAGGUACAGAAACUUUUGGACAAGUGCACUAUCAAUGAUCUCUGAAGUUUUGAGUUUAAAGAACUGAGUGCCUAUUUUUUCCUUUGUUAUAUAUCAAGUUUUGAAAUGUAACAAAGUUUUUAAGAUGUGAAUUUUUCUUUGGUAUGUGUGGAACAGUUGGCAGCAGUUUGCCUUAAAUGUCUCCUCUAUUUUGCUGAAUCAUUUGUGAUUGAUAAUUCAGAAUUUCACAGUAAUAUAAAAGGAGCAUAAAUAUAGAUGCUAAAAUUGAAAAUGCCCAUCUUACUGUUACAAAAUAAUUCAAAAUCUAAAUGGGCUGUUCAACAUAAUAUAAACACUAAUGUUCUUGAAUUGUAUUAAUCCAAAACUCAGCAUCGAUGCCCAAACUAUUGUUGUUUAGUUGUUCCUCUUUCUUUUCAACAUUUGUUUGUUUACUGCAUUCAGGUAAUACCAGGCAAUGGAAAGAUGAGAUGAUGAGAAUACUUUGCUUUCAAUAUUUUACCUAGGCAUUCACUUUCUGUGUAUGGUCUAAAUAUACAUUUAUGAAAAAUAUCAACUCCACGUGAGAAAAGUAAACAUUGAGCUUACAGUAAGCAUGGCUGCUGUGUAUGCAAGCCUCGCCUAUAUAAGCUCUCCCUUUUAAUUAUUUGAACUUUUUGACAGAUAAGCGAUAAAUUAAAGAUGAAAUAGAAAUUUAAAUGGUUAAGAAGUGAUUAAGCAGGUUUCAAUAAAUGUGGAACAUUGCAUGUUUUAUUGUUUAUAAAAUGGUGCCAGUUCAGUUUUUCAGAUGCCAGAUAUAUGAAUAGAGAUUAUAAGAGUGCCUUGGGUUGUCAUGACAACUAAUGCAAAAUAUUUUAGUUCCAGAAUGAAAUUUAAAAACGUAUACAGUUAUUGGACUCUGACAACUAUCAUUUGUCUUUGAUUCUGCUCUGGUAUAAUGCUUCUUAUUUAUCUUUCUGCACGAUUAAAGUUUUUGACCAUAGUGGCCCAAAGAGACAUUGCAUGAUGGCAGAAUUUAAUGAGCUUGGAGGGUUCUUGAUUUGAGUCUAUUGACAAAGUCGCUGUAGUCAUCUGAUAACCCUCUGCUGGAUGUAAUGCAUGCUGUAGAACAGCCACCAGGAAGUGCAAUGGCAACUUGAUAUCACACCUUCAGGAUACAUCUCCACAAGCCAGGACCCACAGAUACAUCAUGGGAUUGUAGGAAUGAAGUCCUAACCCUUACUUCAAAAUCCCUCUACAUCUAAACAGUCUCUAGUUACAUUGAUAAUAUACAUAGAUCUCCAAUUUUCAUCCAGGUAUCUAUUCAAAGCAAUACACUAACAUAAGCAUCUUUUUAAUAUGAAUAAAAUUAUUUAUCAAUACACCUUCUCUGUACUGAUGGAAUGUGUGUUGUGUGUACAGUGACUGUUUUUCAGUCAAAUAGCAUGUUAAAUAAUAUAGUAUGAAAAUAAAGAAACAUUUUAUAAAGGACAUACUGUUCAACACAAUGUAAAAUGUAUUUAGUAAAUAUGUUUCCUUGUAAAUACAAGUUAUAUUUACUGCAAAAUUAAAUAAAUUCUACAAACU